AUGGGAGUUGCAAGAUCUUCAGAGUAUCCAGAAUUGGAGAAGAUCACACAGAAGAAACUCGAUCUCAUGGAUGAGUUUAUUAGAGAUAAAUCUGCUUUAGCUGCACAAACAACGAAAUCGUCAUCGAAAAAACAAGAUCAAGAAGGUGAUUUGUUGGAUUUAGCGGGUGAAACGGCAGAAGCGGUUGGUGAUAGUUUGGCGUUAGCAUUAUUCGAUGGAGCGGUUGGGACUGAAACUGCUUCUGGACCGGGGUGGGAAACGUUUGAUGAUGAUUCGGCGGAUUGGGAGACAGAUUUGGUGAAAUCGGCUACGAGAUUGUCAGGACAAAGGAGUGAGCUUGGAGGAGGAUUUGAUACUUUGUUGCUUGAUGGAAUGUAUCAAUACGGUGCGGUUAAUGCUGCGGUUAAAACGUCUACGGCUUAUGGAAGUAGUGGAAGUGCGAGUAGUGUAGCUUUUGGUUCUGCAGGAAGACCAGCAGCUUCAAUGUUGGCACUACCGGCGCCGUCAACGACCGCCAUUGGAAACGGAAUCGGAAGCAAAAAUCCGGUGACUUUGGACCCGUUUGCAGCGUCUCUAGAGGUGGCUCCACCAGCGUACGUGCAAAUGAAUGAUAUGGAGAAAAAACAGAGAUUAUUAAUGGAAGAACAAAUGAUGUGGGAUCAAUACAACAGAAAUGGAAGACAAGGAUACAUGAAUUUCAGACCAAACCAUCAACAACAACAACAUUAUCAAGUUCCAUACUCCAUGGGACCUUACUCUUACGCACCUCGCUAUUGA